CCCUGACCUUUCCAUUGACGCGCAAAGAUGAAAAUUUCUCUUCUACAACCUCGUUUUCUACUAUAAAAUACAAUUAACAUAUCCAACACAAUGCCUGAAAUUGUCAAAAAACGUCGCAGGCCAGCAGUGUCAUGCACGCUCUGCAGACGCCGGAAAAUCAAAUGCGACAGAGUCUUGCCUUGUAGAAACUGUGUCAAGUCGGGAAAUGCGCACUGCACCUUUGAUGCAGACACUUUGCCGCCUACUAUUGCCUCAGACACGCAACAACACCAGCUUCAUUCACCACCUCUCUCAACACCAUCGCCAUCACAGGCACCGCAUACAGCAACAGUCACACAAAAAUGGCUCCAUCAUAGUCGCGAGAGCGGCCCAUGUACGCCGGCAACCAUAAAUACUGCGACAAGCUCGAUUGGCGGGACAGUUCACAUCCACGUCGCUCCUACGGCGGUUGGCCACGGGACGCAGACAAAGAGCAUCAUGCAUAAAUCCAGAGUCUUUGGCCAGAGCUACUGGUUCAACGGGGUAGCGCCACUGCUUCUUACUCUUGAAAUCAUGGAGCCACUGAUCCAUCACGGCGGCGGCUCAACCAUUGUCGAGUCUCUUCAAAAGUGCAAAACGCUAGGCCGACAAAUCAAACAGUGCAGAACACCGAGCUGGCCCUGCGCUCUUUCCACAUCGCUACCAGACCGUACCGUUGUCGAUGCGCUACUGGACAACUACCUCCGAACAUCAGAGAGCAUGUAUCGCAUCAUCCACAUCCCUACAUUCCGCCAAGCAUAUGAGUCUGUCUGGAUCUCAGGUAGCCCACCGCCAAUAGACAGCUUUCUCAUACAGCUCAAACUCAUCAUGGCUAUUGGAGCCGUCACCUACGACGACUGCUUCUCGCUGCGCCCCGACGCUAUACGCUGGAUCUACGAGGCCAAGACAUGGCUUUCUGACCCGCGAUCCAAGUCAAAGCCAAGCAUCCAAGUCCUUCAAGUCAACUUGCUGCUACUCUUGGCGCAGGAACUGUUACAUGUCGAAGGCGAUCCGUCUUGGGUAGCAACGGGGGCUAUUGUGCGCAAGGCCAUGCAUUUCGGCCUCCAUCGCGAUCCAGACACUCUUGUAACCAUGUCGGUAUUUGCAUCUGAGACGCGCAGACGGCUAUGGAACACGGUUCUCGAACUUGCUGUCCAGUCGGCACUUGCGGCUGGCGGCGCACCGCUCAUUUCCAUGGACGAUUUUGAUACCAAGCCACCAGGCAACUACGACGACGAGGAUUUGCUUUCGGGAACUCCUGUCGCGAAACCAAUAUCGGAUUUUACUGCUUCGUCUGUGGCUAUUGUUCUACGGUCGACUUUUACCGCACGACUAGCAGUCACGCGACAUCUCAACGAUCUCGCUUCGACGGGCCACUACCAAGAGACGCUGCGCAUCGACACCGAUCUAAAAGAGACGUUCAAGACUAUGCGACGGUCCAUCCAGCAGUAUAUUACCGACGAUAGGAUCAAUCGAUCGUACUUUGAAGUCAACGCGGUCGAGUUCAUCGCCAACAGAUACCUCAGCGCCCUUCAUAUCCCAUUCUAUGGCGCAUCGAUGCAGGACCCGGGCUACACGUAUUCACGACAAACAGUCGUGGAAAUCUCUCUCAAAAUAUGGCGUGCCAUUUAUGCUGAGCCAGACAAACCAGAACCGGUCCUUGCUUGCUGGGCUCUCUGCGGAAUGGGCUUUUUUCGCCUCAUGGCAAUGCAGGCAUCCCUUCUUAUCCCCCUUGAGCUGCGGGCUCAGAUGGAAGAUGAUGAUUCACUCGGUCCAAAGUCACCGCGCCAGGAUUUACUGGAUGUUGUGAAUCAGAGUGUUAUCUGGAGUAAGAGGUGUUGCGAGAUUGGCGAUACCAAUGUCAAAGGCUACCUGUUAGCGGCAGUCGUGGGCGCACACGUCAACAGCAUGGCAAACGGAGUGGAAAAGGCAAAUAUCCCUCAAAUGGUGCUACAGAAUGCUGAGGUUACGGUUGAGAAUGCGAUUAGGCUCCUGGAGAAUUCACUCGGAAGGGAGCAGAGCCGUGAGGGAGUCGAUGCGCAGGCUCUCAAUACAGACUGGGAAGCUGGCGAUGUCGAUGUGCAGUUUUCCACAGGCGACUGGGACGCUCUGAUGUCUGAGGCAUUGCUGCAGGUUGGCGAUGGCGAUCCGAUGACUUGGCUUCUCGAUGCGGCUGGUGCUGCUGCCGGUAGCGGAACUACUGGGAGAGAGUAGAAAAUCAUGUACAAAUUAUUUGGGGUGAGGUGCAAACUUUCUGUGUAUUAUAUAUAUGUGUGUAUUUACAAAAUACUAAACCGCUUUACUAUUGAUGUUAUAACACAAAAUUGAUAUCUUAUUAGCCGCCAGCCACCUAAAUACCACAAUAUAAUCUAC